AUGUCUUUCAAUUUUUCUAAUAUCAGGAACUCUCCAUCUACUCAGUCUAGUAGUCAUUCAUUUCCUACUCCAUCUGCCACCCCAUUCACCCAUACCCCAUCCACCACCCCACACUUCCCCCCUGCUCAAAACAAUCCCAAUAUCAAUCCCACCCUUCUGGAUGAAGAUGUCAUCCCAGCUCACUUUAUUGAUGCCCUUGCCAAUCAGUUUAGUUUUGGUGAUUCCGAGCAGGACCUAUGGCAUAACCUCCAUGGCUUUGCAAAGGCAGUGUGCAGCAGUACAAAAUUGGUGGCCCUACUUCAGGCCUCACACCAGCAUGCACUGCUUGACUUGCUAUACUUCGCCAUUUUGCUUAUGAAAAUCCUGAGCUCCUUGACCACGAGGAAGAUGACUCAGGCUCAUGGCACCACUCUGUCCAAGAGCCUCAAAGGAAAAAGUGAAAGCAUGGUGGCCAUGUCCCCAGGGGAGAGGAUUUCUGGUCACAAGUGGAAAAAUGGUUUGAUGCAUGCAGAAAUCAAUGGGGUGAUUCAUGGACCACACCCAACUGGAACAGAAACAAUUGCCAAGGAUGAAGAUCACUACAAGGUCCAUGUCAUUCACAACCCAUUCAUGGAGGGUGUGCACACAGAUGACAGGUUUUUCACUGGGCCCAUUGCUUCAGCUGGUCUUGGGGCUGCUGAGGAUCUCCUUCAAGAAAUGGUUUGA